AUGUCCUGGGGCGUUCUUCGAGGUCGUCUUCCCGCCCGUCUGGUCCUACGGUACACCAUGUGCCAGCAUGCCAUCCCUGGCCUCGCCCAGGCCGUCUUUUCCUGCCGUCCUUCGCCGCGUCGCUCGGCCGUCCCCGUACACUUCGUGGGCUUUGUCGUCGGCUCCGCUGUCGUCAAUGCGGUGCUUCAGACACCGUUCAGGGAGAGCGCUGUUGCUCUGCGCGAGACCGUCACCUGGGCUGAUGCGCUCAACUCUACUGCUGCUGCUGCUGCUGCUAACGCCACCACUAUUCCCAAUGCUGCUGCUAUUCCCAACGCCUCCCUGACAAUAAAUGGCUGA